AUGAAGGUCAACGACUGGAGGUUAUCACUGGACGGCAAGGCUUCUAUUAUGGUGUAUCUAUUAUCAUUGCGAGGUGAUAGGCCCCUAAGACACCGCUGGACACAGCCAGUGCCCCGCUCCUUUGUUUCUCCUAGAAGUACGGACACUCGUAAGCGGGUUCCAAAAGUCGUCAUCACGCCAUUCUACUCGGGAUCGUCCUUCCGCGAGUCUUUAGAGACUCUAGAUCGAGGUUUCAGGGGACCCGUGUGCCUGAGCUGCACAACAUACUCCGUCCACGUUACACAACUAUCAUUACAACGCUGCACUCUGCACCCCACCUUGGCCGGCUGCAUUCUGGAAACCGCAAGUACACAGUGUGUCUGUGCUCCGAAUCGGAUGUCCAAGAAAACCGGCCCCUCAGGCCCCAUUCUAUGGACCCUGGCCCGGCGCCUGGACUCGCGUAGAUGGAACGAUACGGCGAUCAUGGUACCACAUUUGAUCUGCUGCCUGUGUCACCGGGUGAGUCCCAGCCCUGAAGCCCUGAAGUGCUGUAGCCGAGCUUCCAUGUGCACGACUGAUCAAGCAGUUGAUUUCCCAAUGGGCAAUACUUGCAUAUCAUUCCCUCAACCUCUGCUCUACUUCCAUUUCGGAGCUACCCGUAGAGAAUUUUCUCGAGUCCCUCUGAUGGCGCUACGAGCGGGAACUGCCUCUGGUGGGGCUCGACACAAGAUGUCAACUUCUCUCACCGGCCAUACAAACCUAGCUUGGCUGCCUCUGCCUGCCUUCCUAAAAGUGGACCUGGCUCCUGAAUGA